AUGGCUGCUGAGUCUGGUCUUUCCUUCAGUGCGCAGAUGUCGCCAACGUGGUCUUCAUCCGCAAAGAGAUCGCAUGAUCCGUCGGAAAAGACAGCUUUGCUUAAAGGCCAGAACGAGGACUUUCCCAUGCCACCCUGGACGCGCGCAAUAAGUGACACACAUGGCAGACGCUUCCCCCAGGCCAUCGCUCAUCGAGGCUACAAAGCGCAUCAUCCAGAGAAUACCAUGCGCGCAUUCAAGGCUGCGGUCAAAGGCCGCGCUCACGCCAUUGAGACAGAUAUUCACUUGUCGAAAGAUGGCGUCGUUGUUCUCUCGCACGAUGCCGAUUUGAAACGUUGCUUCGGCAUGGAAAAGAAGAUAAUUGACUGCGACUGGGCCGAACUAUCUCAGCUGCGUACUCUUCAAGAACCCCACGAACCCAUGCCACGCCUUCUCGAUCUUUUGACGUACAUAGCACAACCCGGCCUCGAACAUAUCUGGAUCUUACUCGAUAUCAAAAUUGACAACAACGCCGACGACGUUAUGAGGCUCAUCGCCCACACCAUUGAUUCAGUAGCACCAAGCCAGAUGAGAUUGUGGAGGGACAGAGUACUGCUAGGCAUAUGGGCGGCCAAAUUCCUCCCACUCUGUAUCCGCUACCUUCCCAGAUACCCAUUGACACAUAUUGGAUUCUCGACAUGCUAUGCACGCCAGAUUCUGUCUGUACCUAACGUCGGCUUUAAUAUGCUACAAAAAGUCUUGCUAGGACCUAUCGGUUCGAGAUUUAUUCGCGAUGUUAAGGCAGCUGAGAGACAGAUGUUUGUCUGGACGGUAAAUGAAAAGAACCUGAUGAAGUGGAGUAUUCAGAAAGAGGUUGAUGGAGUUAUCACAGACGAUGUCACAAAGUUCAGGGAUAUAUGUGAUGACUGGAGCGAGGAUGGGAGUGUAGUCCGGGAGCAUGGCAUCAGUCAAGACGGAAAUCUCGAGGACUUUGCAACCGAGGGUGGGGAUCGCAAAGACGUCUUCUUCUACCAGAGUGACGACACCCGAUACAUUCCUCGGGCUAUUCUGAUAGAUCUUGAACCAAGAGUGAUCAACAGCAUACAGACCGGCCCGUACAAGAACAUCUACAAUCCCGAAAACUUCUUCAUUGGCCAGCAUGGCAUGGGUGCUGGAAACAACUGGGCAGCCGGGUACGCCGCGGGAGAAAGUGUCCAAGAGGAAGUAUUCGACAUGAUUGAUCGAGAAGCAGAUGGCAGCGACUCGUUAGAGGGAUUCAUGUUACUUCACUCGAUUGGUGGAGGUACAGGAUCUGGAUUAGGCUCAUUCCUUCUUGAGCGGAUGAACGAUCGCUUUCCCAAAAAGCUGAUGCAGACAUAUUCUGUCUUUCCAGACUCAGCGACCGGCGAUGUCGUUGUUAAUCCCUAUAAUAGCCUGCUUGCUAUGCGAAGGCUGACACAAAACGCCGACUCCGUGGUGGUGCUCGACAACGGCGCUUUAACACGAAUAGCGGCAGAUCGUCUUCACGUCCAAGAACCUUCUUUUCAGCAAACUAACCAGCUAGUUUCUACUGUCAUGUCUGCUUCGACCACGACUCUCCGCUAUCCCGGUUAUAUGCAUAACGAUCUGGUAGGGAUUAUUGCGUCGCUGAUUCCCACGCCUAGAUGUCACUUUUUGAUGACAGCCUACACUCCCUUUACUGGUGAUAACGUGGAUCAGGCGAAGACAGUGAGGAAGACGACCGUAUUGGAUGUUAUGAGACGUCUACUUCAACCGAAGAAUCGAAUGGUCUCCAUCACCCCUUCGAAAUCGAGCUGUUACCUUUCAAUCCUUAAUAUCAUCCAAGGUGAAGCUGAUCCGACAGAUGUACACAAAUCACUGCUUCGCAUUCGCGAAAGACGGCUGGCCACUUUUAUUCCGUGGGGUCCUGCGUCUAUACAGGUCGCUUUAACCAAGAAAUCGCCCUACCUUCAGAACGUACACCGAGUAUCGGGCCUCAUGUUGGCAAAUCAUACUAGUGUGGCAACAUUGUUCAAGAGAAUAGUGGUUCAGUAUGAAAAGAUGCGAAAACGAAACGCCUUUCUGGAGCAAUACAAGAAAGAGGUCCCUUUCGCCGAAGGCCUUGGCGAAUUUGACGAAGCGAAAGAAGUGGUUACAGGGCUGAUUGGAGAGUACGAGGCAGCAGAGCGGGAUGACUAUCUAGAUCCGGAUAUAGGGAAAGAAAAAGCCGAAAGCUCGUGA